AUGCAAUCGACUUUACCCAAGACUAUGCGAGCGGCGGUUUGCACCGCUACCGGACCAUCAUCCGUUCUUAGCAUCCAGAAUAUACCGUUGCCGACACCGCAACCGGGCCAAGUGUUAAUUAAGAUCUUAGGUUUCGGCAUAAAUCGAGCUGAACUAUUCACGCGACAAGGCCAUUCUCCAGGUAUUGAAUUCCCGCGCAUCAUUGGUAUCGAAUGUAUAGGCACCAUCGCAGCAUACCCCACCACAGCAACCAGUACACCCAAGCAUGCCGUCGGAACCCGCAUUGCUACUUGUAUGGGUGGUCUCGGUAGACAGAUUCCGGGAUCCUACGCCGAAUACACGUGCGUAUCCGAAACUAAUGUCCGACCUAUUCCGACAACGUCCUUAUCCAUCGCCACCCUUGCCGCCCUACCGGAGAUGUUUCAGACAACUUGGGGUUCCUUAGUCUCUGGCUUGGACCUUAAAUCCGGUGAAAGUUUUCUCGUCCGUGGUGCUACGAGCUCCAUCGGACUCUGUGCUCUACAGUUAGCUCGCAAGAUUGGUGCUAGUCGUAUCGGAGGGACUACUCGAAAUCCAGAGCGCGAGAAGUUACUACGAGAUAGUGGAGCUGACGAAGUCUUCAUCGAUAAAGGUGAAAUCGCAAACGAUGUGGCCCAGACCUCCAAAGGUGGCUUCGAUAAGAUCCUCGAACUCACCGGUACUACUACACUUCGAGAUUCUCUCAAAUGCGCAGCACCAAAAGGUACGGUCUGUAUGACCGGGAUCCAAGGUGGAUCGUGGGAAUUGGAAAAGUUCAUACCAAUGGGUGAUCUACCGAAUCGUGUGCGACUCUGUGCAUACGGAGGUGGUCCAAAUGAUUUGAUGGCUCUGCCUUGGGAAGAAUUAAUCCGUGACAUUGAAGAUGGCAAGAUUAAGAUUCCAGUCAGAGAGUUUAAGCUUGACGAUAUUCGUAAAGUCCACGAAAUCCUAGAGUCAGGUGGCGGCGGGGCUAAGAUGGUUGUGGUUGUCGCAGAUGAGUAG